UGUGGGACGAGGUAGGAAAAAAGCCAGAAGGUAGGUGGUGCACGGGGCGGGGGGGGCACACGGGACGACCACGUAAGGGACGGGACGGGACUGAGCGUUGGAGGAGCCCGCGCGGCUAAGCGGACCUCACCGUGCCGUGGGUGUGGCCCGGGAUGGCCGCAGGAACCCCAAGCUGCUUGCCUUGUCUUACCCGGCUGGUCGCGGGUCGCCUCUUUGGGAGCAUCAGGUGGGGGUGGGGCUGCAAGACGCCUCUGCGACCUCACAGUGGUGAUAAAUUCUAAGAGGAAAACUAAAUUAGGACAAGGAAAAUGGGAGUGACUGGAAGGAAGUGCUGUGUAGAUAGAAUUUUGGGGGAACUCUCUCUGAUGUAGUGACAACUGAACACAGACAGGAAUAGACCCAGGGAGGGAGCCAUAUGGGCGUCUGGGAGGAAAGCCUUCCAGGUAGAAGGAAAAGCAAAAGCAAUGGCCAUGAAGGAUGAGUGGACAAAGUGUUUAAGGAAUAAUAUAGGGAUUCGUGUGACCAGGGAGGAGUGAGCCAAAGGGAAAAGAGGAGCAAAUGAGAUCAAAGUGUAGGCAGGGCCCAGAUCAUAGACUGCUUUGUUGGCCACAGGAUAGACUUUAGAUUUUCUUGCAUUUGGGAUAUGUGUCCUUAAUAUAAGUUAAGAUUUCCAAGGUUAAGUUCAGCAUUGGGGUUUAAUUCACGUCUUGGAAAAGAUAAGGCUGCCCCACAUAAGCAGGGUAUGGAGAUUGUAAAGAGCAAUAGAUGUAUCUGUGAAUCUCACACAAGUGACAUAGAACCGGGAUGUCAUUUUUUUUCUUCAACUCUCCCUUCUCAACAUUUUGUUCUUCACCAAAAGAGAAACUGAAGAAGGAAAGAGGAAUGGCUGUUGGAUUCUGUAAAGUUAUGUCCCAGGGGUUGGUGACUUUUAGAGAUGUGGCUCUAAACUUUUCUCAAGAGGAGUGGGAAUGGCUUGAUCCAUCUCAGAAGGAUUUAUACAGAGAAGUCAUGUUGGAGAACUAUAAGAACUUGGUAUGGCUUGGACUCUCCAUUUCUAAACCCAACAUGAUCUCCUUAUUGGAGCAAGGGAAGGAGCCUUGGAUGGUGCAAAGAGAGAUGUCACAUGGUCACUGUGCAGACUGGGAAUCUUGGUGUGAAAUGAAGGAAUUGUCCUCAAAAUGGUUCACUGAUGAAGAAGAAAUAUCCCAGGGUAUGGCAUUGGAAAGGAUCAAAAGUCAUGGCCUUCAGUGCUCCAAUUUCAGAGAAGCCUGUAAAUAUGAGGGUGAAUUUGCAUGGCAUCAGGGAAAUCAGGAAAGACAUUUUAGGCAAGUGACAACUCUUAAGGACAUCUCUACUGGGAAAAGACAUAAUGAAUAUAAUAAUUCUAGGAGAAGCAUCCCCCUGGAGUCAGUCUUUUUAACACAACAGAGAACUCCCACAGUAAAACAAGUUCAUAAGUUUGAUAUUUAUGAUAAAAUCUUCUCUCAAAAUUCACUCGUAAUUGAAUAUGAAAGACUCCAUGCUGAGAAGGAAUCUUUGAUAGGGAAUGAAUGUGAAGAACUCAGUCAGAGUACACACUUUAGCAAAGAUAUAAGAAUUCCUUCUGGUGAGAUACCUUAUGAAAGUACUGAUUUUUCAGAUCUCUUGAGUUUCCACUCAUUACUUACUCAACAUCCAACCAGUAACUUUGGAAAAUUACCCCAUGACUAUGAUGAAAUUGGGGAUGCCUUUACCUGUUACUCAUUUUUUACUCAACCUCAGAGAAUUCACAGAGGAGAAAAACCAUAUGCAUGCAAUGACUGUGGAAAAGCCUUUACCCACAACUUCUUUCUCAGAGAGCAUCAAAGAACUCAUAAUGGAGAGAAACCAUAUGAAUGUAAGGAAUGUAACAAAGCCUUCAGACAGAGUGCACACCUUGCUCAACAUCAGAGAAUCCACACUGGAGAGAAACCCUUUGCAUGCAAUGAAUGUGGGAAGGCCUUUAGCCGUUAUGCUUUCCUUAUUGAACAUCAGAGAAUUCACACAGGAGAGAAACCAUAUGAAUGUAAGGAAUGUAACAAAGCCUUCAGACAGAGUGCACACCUUAAUCAACACCAGAGGAUUCACACUGGAGAGAAACCCUAUGAAUGUAGUCAGUGUGGAAAGGCCUUCAGCAGACGAAUAGCCCUUACUCUUCAUCAGAGAAUUCACACGGGAGAAAAACCCUUCAAAUGUAAUGAAUGUGGGAAGACUUUUGGCUAUCGCUCACACCUCACUCAACAUCAGAGAAUACAUACAGGAGAAAAGCCCUAUGAAUGCAUGAAAUGUGGGAAGUUUUUUAGGACUGACUCACAACUUAAUCGACAUCAUAGAAUUCAUACUGGAGAAAGACCAUUUGAAUGCAGUAAAUGUGGAAAAGCCUUCAGUGAUGCUUUAGUUCUAAUUCACCAUAAGAGAAGUCAUGCAGGAGAGAAACCCUAUGAAUGUAAUAAAUGUGGGAAGGCCUUCAGUUGUGGCUCAUACCUUAACCAGCAUCAGAGAAUUCAUACAGGAGAGAAACCUUAUGAAUGUAAUGAAUGUGGGAAAGCUUUCCAUCAGAUUUUGUCCCUUAGGUUACAUCAGAGAAUUCAUGUGGGAGAGAAACCCUAUAAAUGUAAUGAAUGUGGGAAUAAUUUUAGCUGUCCCUCAGCUGUUAGACGACAUCAGAGAAUUCAUAAUAGAGAAACCCUCUGAUUGUAAGAAAGAAAAUAUUUAGUCACAAUUCAGUCCUUUUGAGUAGCAGUGAAUUCUGUUUCGUUAGUAAUUCUAUGAAUGUCAUACAUUUAGAAAAGCCUUCAGUUCGUGAUCAUCCCUUAUUUGAAAUGACCUGAGUAUAAACAUCUGUUACUUUUUUAUCUAUUCUGUAUCCACCUUAACCACCCUCAAUGCAUAUAAUUCUGAUGAAAUUGAACCAGCAGUGGAUUAGUCAUAAGCUAGCAAUUAUUUUCUCUCAAACUACUAGUUAGUGAAAGAUUGGCAGCUAGGCACUAUGGUGGAUGCCUAUAAUCUCAGCACUCUGGGAGGCCGAGGCAGGAGGAUCACAGGUUUCAGCCCAGCCUGGGAAACUUGCCAAUUUAGCAAGAACAUAUUUCAAAAUAACAAACAAACAAAAAACGGGGGACUGAAGAUGUAGCUCAGUAGGAAGGCCCUGGUUUCAAUCCCUAGGACUGAAAAAAAAAAUAGAUUGCCAAAUGGCCAUGUGUGGACCAAUAAAUCUCUUUAUGGUUAUUGUUAUGUCAACUAAGAUUUAAAAAAAAAUUUUGGAAUUGCAAGUUUUGAGGAGUCUGUAGGGUUAAAAACUUAUCAGUAGUUUUGUGCCACCCAAUGCAGAAAGUUUUUCAAAAGAAAUCUAACAGAGGAAAAUGGAGAUGACAGAGAUCUAAUGAUAUUGUUUAAUUUGGAUUCAGCCAUGCAUGAUGUCUCAAUGGUCCUUUUUCAUUUUUGUGAUCCAGUAAAUUUCUUUUUUUUUCUUUGCUUAAGUUAAUUUGAAUUAGAGUUUUGUCUCUUGGAACUAGAGUAUAUUUGCUAUACAUUUGAGAAAUCCUUAAUUGUUUAUGUGGUAUAAUUAUUUAUCCAAAAGAAAACCUUACGAUUAUGAAAGUUGAGAACAGUGUUCAUAAAGCUGAGAGGAUUGUUACAUUUGCUGAUAAAAAUUAAUUUAGUGUGUAUUAGUCUGUUUCACAUUAAGGAUGAAUGCUUUAAAAUUCACCUAGUAAAAUUCCUUAAUGGGGUUUCUUUUUAGGAGUUAAAAUCAUUUUUGGCAGUGACUCAUACCUUAGGCCUGAAAAGGGAGACUGGAAUCUAAGAAAAUUAUGAAUCCAUCAGUUUAAUGAAUAAUUUUUCAUUUUAAAAGAAUUUUCUGUUUCAAUGUGGUUUAUCUAUAUUUGUGACAAUAUAAUAAGGUAGCACUGUAAAGGAGGUUUGUUUUUGUCAUCAGGCUACAAAUGUGGUUUAAGAAGUUUACGGAUAACUUUGGAACUAGAGAUGUUAGUCACUGUUGGCAGACAAAAAGAAUGAGUCAACUUAAAGUACAGAUUUAGUGGAUUCACUACUUUAGACUGUUCCGGAAAAUCAUAGAAAGAAAUGCAUGAAGACACAGAAUUCGGGUAAAAUAAUAAAAGUUUUACUUGCAAGCAGGCAGGACCGCUAGAAACUAGUCUGGUUAGUGUACAAGCACCAUGUUCUUUGUUAUUCACCUUUUAUAUUUUUGUUAGUCAUUAUCUCAUCCCUAGUGGUCUUUGUUAAGUAAAUAAAGUUCCAAUUUCUGCUUAA